CUGCCCUCCCCAGCGAUUCCUCGCACGCACUUCCGCUUCCUUUAUGAUCAAAGAGGCCGAUUUCCUCUGCCGAGCGCCCCCUGCCGGUUCCAGGGCGAAGGGGUCCUUGAGCGGAGUUGCCGUGGCAACGCCGGGGGCGGCGGGGAAGACCUCGCCGGCUGGAUGGGGGCGGCGGGUUGGGGAAGCUGGCCUGGCCGGCCCUGAGCAAGAGCCCCCGGGGGCCUUUCUGUCCAAGUGGGGCCGGCUCCUCCGUGGAGACGCCCGGUGGGCGGCCGUCUCCUCCAGUGGGUAGACCGGGACCCACCCAAGAAUGACUUUGAAAUAUUGGCUGCUGUUCCUGCUGUAUUUCGUGCAAGGAAUCCCCUACGGGCUCCAGUCGGGACUCUUGCCGGUCUAUUUCCGGACGGCGGGCCUUUCCUUCACCAAGAUCAGCCUGACGAAGCUGCUUUACUUGCCAUGGAUCCUCAAAGUACUUUGGGCCCCCUUUGUGGACUGGUAUCUCUCCAAAAAGACCUGGCUGAUGUUGACCAUGUGCGGCUUGGCGAUGACAUGCCUGGCCUGUUCCUUCCUGACUCCGGAAGUGGACUUCCUUGGAGUGGCGGUCACUCUGCUGCUCAUGAACCUCUUCGCUUCCAUCCAGGACGUGGCCACCGAUGGGGUGGCCAUCCAGCUGUUGGGAGCGGAGGAGGUGGGCUUUGGGAAUAGCAUCCAGGUGGUGGCCUACAAACUGGGCUCCCUCCUGGCGGGAGGAGGCCUGCUCACCUUCCUCCAUCACCUGGGCUGGGGAGCCCUCUUCGUCUACCUGGCUCUAAUCUACGCCGCAGCCAUCGUGUUCACCUCCAGGUUUCAUCUGAGCUCCUCUACCCAGGACAGACCUGCCAAGGACCGGGACUUAACCGUGCUGCGUUUUUUCCACGAGAUUCUCCUUGUGCCGGACACACUGUGGACUGCUGGCUUUGUCCUCAUCUAUAAGUUGGGUGAACAGGGGUCGGUUUCCAUGUUCCCCCUCUUCCUUCUAGAUCACAGCUUCUCUCCCCAGAAGCUCGGCUUCUGGAACGGGAUCGUGGCCACCGCCUUUUCCAUUACAGGCUCUUCCCUGGGGGGCCACCUGGUGUCAGACAGCAGGAAUUCCGAGUCUCUUCAAAUCUUGCUGGUCCUCCGCUUCUGCAAUCUCCUUUUCCAGACUUGGGUGAUGGUCACCUAUACAGACCAGGCAGCUGCCUUUCAAGUGGCCGCGGUGCUGAGCUUGUGCAUCCAGCACUUCAUCGGGGGGCUGAUCACCACGCUGGUCUUCAGCAAGAUGAUGCUGUGCAGUCAGAAGGCCCCAGAGAGGAUCCAGGCCACCCACUACAGCUUUCUCGCUGCCAUCGAGGUCCUGGGGAAGGUGGCCUUUAGCACCGUGGCAGGAAGCCUGGUGGACUGGCUGGGCUUCCGACACACCUUCGGCAUCUUCCUCGCCUUCUCCUUUGCCUCCGUGCUGUACACAGUGUAAGCCAGGGCGAGCAGAGGGCCGUCCCGCCAGGGUCAGUCCUGUGUCGCUGGCCAACGAAAGAGAGGCCAACUUCAAGAGAAGCCCAUUGAAAUCCGGGGACAUCUCAUUAAAGCGGCCGCCUCAUGCAACUGCUUCCUGGCCGGUCCUCCUUGACAAGGGGUGGGGAGAGUCACAGCACUCCAUCUGAGCCAUGUAGGAGCGUCGGAUGGGGAAGAGAGGUUGCCGUGCAGAUUUUUUUAGUAGUCCUCCUGUAGCGGCCACAACAGGGACCAGCAACUUAGUCAUUAAAACAGUCACGAAGUGAAACCGUGAUAGUGAUUAUGGUUUUCCUCCUGUUUUCCUUCGCUUUACAGACCUAUGAAGGUUGUGAGAAUCGGUUGUAAAGAUGUACGGAGAUUCUCCCUCGUCUAGGUCAUGGUUGUCCCAAAGUUGCUUUUUUUUUUUCUCCCAAAAGGCAACUGGGCUUUCUUGUUUUUUUCCACCCACCCUGAAAACAUUUCGCUUCUCGUCCAAAAGCCCAGUUGUCUUUUGGAAAAAAAACAAAACCAGUUAUCCAGUUAGGAUAGCUGGUUGUAAAGUUACUUUUUCAUUGCUAUUGUGACUGCAAAUGGUCACUAAAGGAGACAGUCGCUAAACGAGGACUGAACCGUCCUUGUGGUGUUCUUUCCUACCUCGGAGAGGGUAUUCUGCCAUGGAAUUUCUCCUCCUCUUUGCUCAGGUAUUCUGGAAUGAAAAAAGAGCUUUCCUUAUGGUCUCUUUUACUGUUGUUAGAAGGAAAAGUCACCAGGUCCAGCCCAAGCUGGGAGUAAAUAAAAUGGAGGCUAAGACUCUGGAAAUAAAAAUGGAGGCUGGUUGUUUGGAAAGAA